ACACAGAAGGUUGGCUAAUUCCCUUUUAGGGCUGGAUUUAAAUGCACACUAGUUUGUUCAUGACGAAGCAGUCCGUUAUCAGAAAUGCAGAAAUGACCGGUGUUGUAAUUUUAAAGAAAAUGGUUCAUGUUGUUAUUUUGAUCCACUUGUAUUUGUGGCAUCUAGUCGGUGUGUUUGCUGAUACAGUUACAGUGAUGUCAGUGACGGAGGGAGAUUCAGUCACUCUAGACUCUGGUCUUACUGAAAUGAUGGACGAUGACAUGAUUCUGUGGAGGUUUGGAUAUAACAAGAUUUUAAUAGCUAAAAUCAAUGUAAUGACCAGCAGCGUCACUAUAUAUGAUGAUGUUCUUGGUGGGAGAUUCAGAGACAGACUGAAGCUGGAUCAUCAAACUGGAUCUCUGACCAUCACAGACACCAGAACUGAACACACUGGACUCUAUCAAAUACAGACCAACACUGUGAGAAAGAGAUUCAAUCUCACUGUCUAUGCUCGUCUGCCUGUUCCUGUCAUCAGUAACUCUUCAAACUGUUCAUACUCAUCAUCUUCAUCACAGCAGAAUUGUACAUUGUUGUGUUCAGUGGUGAAUGUGGGUCAUGUGACUCUCUCCUGGUACAAAGGAAACAGUUUAUUGUCCAGCAUCAGUGUGUCUGAUCUCAGCAUCAGUCUCUCUCUACCUCUGGAGGUGGAAUAUCAGGAGAAAAACAGCUACAGCUGUGUGAUCAACAAUCCCAUCACAAACCCAACCACACAUCUGGACAUCACUCAACUCUGUCAGCCAUGUCCAGCUGCAGUCGGGACCUUCUGCUUCUACUGGAAACACAAGAAAACCUAUCAACAUGGCAAGUGA